UUAAAGAAGGAUUCACUUAUGAGAAACCAUACAAAGAUUACAGAGUUUGUACUCUUGGGAAUAUCAGACGACCCACAGCUUCAGAUUGUAAUUUUUAUCUUUUUAUUUAUAACUUACAUAUUAAGUAUCACUGGAAACCUAACCAUUAUCAUCCUCACCUUGACAGACACUCGUCUGAAGACGCCUAUGUAUUAUUUCCUCAGAAAUUUCUCCUUCUUAGAAAUAACAUUCACCAGCGUUUCCAUCCCCAGAUUUUUGAGGGCAAUAAUAACUAAAGUCAAGACCAUUUCCUAUAACAAUUGUUUAGCUCAAUUAUUUUUCUUCAUCUGCAUGGGUGUGUCUGAAUUUUUCCUUCUGACUGCCAUGUCUUAUGACCGUUACGUUGCCAUCUGCAAGCCUCUGCACUACACCACCAUCAUGAAUAAGAAAGUUUGCACCUUGCUUGUCUUCAUUUCAUGGCUGGGAGGGUUUCUGACCAUCUUUCCACCGCUCAUGCUUAUCCUCAAGUUAGAUUUUUGUGCUUCCAAUGUCAUCGAUCACUUCUCUUGUGACUAUUUCCCCAUUUUAGAACUCUCAUGCUCAGACACAUGGGCUUUAGAGAUGAUUGGCUUCUAUUUUGCUUUUGUUACUCUGCUCUUCACAUUGGCUUUAGUGAUUCUGUCAUAUAUCUGCAUCAUUAGCACCAUUCUCAGAAUCCCGUCUGCCAGUCAGAGGAAAAAGGCUUUCUCCACCUGCUCUUCACACAUGAUCGUCAUUUCUAUCUCUUAUGGAAGCUGCAUAUUUAUGUAUGUCAAGCCUUCAGCCAAAGAAAGAGCCUCAUUGACCAAGGGAGUAGCUAUCCUCAACACUUCAAUUGCCCCUAUGUUGAACCCUUUCAUUUACACCCUGAGGAACCAGCAAGUAAAAGAAUCCUUCAAAACUUUGGUUCAUAAAGUAGUGUUUUAUAAAAACAAAUGA